UGAAAGAGAAAACACGUCUCUUCCAGAGCGAAAUCCGUUACGAAACUUAAACCGUACUAUGCGCGCUUAAUUCAAAACGUGUCCCGACUCCUAAUAUCAAAAUUAAACAUUUUUAAUUAAAUUUUGCUUUCUCUGACCGUGGAUAAGUGGAUUCUUAUUAUUUGUUUCUUUAUUUCUGUUUUCGUUAUAAAGUGCACAAACAAAAUAGGUGAAAUAAGUAACAUUUACAGUAAUUAUGGGAAGUGGUCAAAAAGGCCCGUAUGCAGUGGUCAAAAUAUAAACUGGACGCUAUGUUAUUACCAUAUAAAGAGGAUUGUAACCGUCCCAAUGCCGUUUUAUGAUGAUAUGGGGGAGGACCCCAGUCUUAACUUCACUUACCAACUGAACCUCACAUCGCUGAUCGAGGCGUCCCGGGGAGUGGAGAAUCCUAAUGUACUCUUGGAGAAGUUCUCACAGAACAGAAAAGUCGAUGAGCCGACGAGAGCCUUACUUCUCACCUUUUAUGGAAUCCUGGUAGUCAUCGGCGCAGUUGGAAAUGCAUUGGUGGUCAUUUCUGUGGUCAGAAAACCAGCAAUGAGAACAGCACGGAACAUGUUCAUAGUCAACCUCGCUGUGUCCGACGCGCUGGUCUGUUGCGUUGGCACCCCACUCACCUUGAUGGAGCUUUUGACCAAACAUUGGCCAUUGCCGUCUUGGCCAAGCCUGUGCAAAGCAUGCGGCGCUAUCCAGGCUAUAUCAAUAUUCGUGUCAACUAUUUCCAUCACCGCGAUUGCUUUGGAUCGAUAUCAGUUGAUCGUGUACCCAACGCGCCCUGGAUUGCAAACAAUGGGAGCACUAGUCACAAUGUUCUUCAUAUGGGUCACGGCAUUCAUCCUUGCAUCACCCCUCUACAUAUUUAGAAGCUUAAAAACCCAUACAGUUGGUAUAUUAGGCUUCGACAAGAUACAUUUCUGUAUCGAAGACUGGCCGUAUGAAAAAGGACGGGCCAGCUAUUCUGUAUUUAGUCUAAUAUUCCAAUAUGUUGUGCCAGUUUUAGUCGUCGUGAUGGCACAUGUGCAAAUCCACAGAAGAUUACGUGGAAGGAGAAGGACUACUAGAAAAACACCUGCAAUUCUUGUAGCUAUAGCUGUUACUUAUGUAAUAAGUUGGCUGCCAUUGAACGUGUUCAACUUGGUAGCUGAUUUCAGUACGCAACCUAUUCUGGAAGAGCAACCAUUGACAAUAACGUAUGCGAUUUGCCACAUGUUUGGAAUGUCCAGCGCUGUAUCCAAUCCAUUACUUUACGGGUGGCUGAACGACAAUUUUAGGAAGGAGUUCGAAGAGAUCCUUUGCUGCUGCAGGAUCAAAGGGCCAUUGAAGAAGAACAUGAGGACUAAUAACAGAAAAAUGGAAACGGAGCUGACCGCGUUAGCUCAGUUGGAACACACGGUUACUACGAAUACAAAAACGUCACAAUGCUCGCAAAUUUUCUGACU